AUGGCCGCGACAAAAUCCGAAUGGCACCAAAGCCCUCCGACUAGCUCGAAUCCGCUUGACCUUCGCCCUUCUACAGCUGAAUCCAUUGGACAAUCAUCGCCGGGACUACAGUCUCAUCGCGCAAGCAAUGGCCCUUUACCUCUUCCUUCCUUCGUUUUCCCUGCCAGAGCCGCGCCAACGUCGGCCCCGUCUUCGUUCUCGAGAGCCACAGGCAGACGCCCAAUGUCCGCUAUCGAGGUAAGAGGAAGAGGUCCUUCAGGACGAUUAAAUGGGGGUGACUCCGACGACGCUGGUACACCUGAGCUUCCUGCGUUUUCCUUCGGUGCGUCGACAAAUAGUCCACCUCCUUCCCCUCGGUCCAGAACUAUCCCCUCGAGACCUGGCCUCCACCAGAGAGGCACAAGCGAAUUCAUUGGAGGAGAUGGAGCCAAAACUAGUUCAAAUGGCCUCAUGUCAACAUCGCCCACCAAAGGUGACGGGGUACUGCCUCCACCGACUGGCUUUGGACCCCCAAAAGGGCGACGAGGACAUAGGCACGUUCGAUCAGCUGCUAUUUCCGGCCACGACCUUUCUAUGAUCCUAAAGCCACCGACGAGCCCAGUUGCUAUCCGAGGGAAUUCCGCGCCCUGCUCCCCUGCAGGAGAUCAUGACCGGCAGCAUUCUUCUUUUGCUGGGCCUGCCAACCCUACAAUGCAGCCCGCGGAAGACGGAUCCAAUCUUGCAACGGCUACCGAAAGCAGCACAAGCACGGGAAGCACGCCACUAAAAGCACUAAACCGUGCUCGUGUUGGAUUCUCAGACAAUGUCGAAUUCAUCCCGCGCCCAUUGUCCAUAAUCUCAUCCGACAGCUCUUCGACCAUCACUGCGAGACAAGGCCAUUCUGUGACGAACAGUAUGUCAUCAAUAAUUUCAGCAGGCACUGCCUCGCCCUCUUCAAAAGACAAGCGUAGCAUGCUGUCUAAUAGUCGGACUAUGAUGGAUAGUCGUCCGCGCACCGCAGAGCCAAUCCUCGACCGAGAGUCUAAACAGGCUGAUGAUAUUUCCACGCGCCGUAACUCCAUCCCGCUGCUGAUGGAUGCUGUGGCACUGUCGGCCUCUGCUCCUUCUACCCCUCGAUCAGCUAAGAAAUGGACUUUCUUCGGCCACGAUUCGAACUCUGGCGAAUCAUCCCCAAAGUCUCGCCCCACCAGCGCCGAAUCUACAGGGAAGGAAGGCAAGCUGGCGAAGUUAGAGACUCUUGCAGACCCCGAAAUCGCACUCUCCGACAUACCAAUUCAAUCUAUCGAGCCGUCCAAUUCCCGGAGAUCGUCAAUUUCCAGGAAGCCGAGCAAGAAACAAAAGAAAGUCCGGACAUGGGCAGGAUCUAUACUUUCACGGAAAACUCGCCAACGAAGCCAGAAGAAGUUGAAUCGUCGAUCACCUACCCCGCCGCACAGAUCUUACGCAUCGAUGGACGAUCCUUCAAAUUCCGACGUCAACCAACCUGAACAACAAUCUCCUAACCAAGAGCCUGAUAAUAAUAUUGCAUCUUGGAAGCCACGAAAGUUUCCCCCCCAGGAAGAGGCCAUGAGCCCUAUGAUUGAUCUUGAUGCUGCUCUAGGUCCUUUCAAUACCCCAUCGAGUUUUGGCGAUGACUGGGAGGUGUCACAGAAAGGCAGUACCAAGAAGAGAGCGAUGCAUAGUGCUGCUGGUAUUGGAGGAUUUGCCGGCCCAGGAAUGCACUAUCAUCGACGUGCGGAGAGCGCACCAGAAUUUGAGAAUCCUAGGUUUGGUCUUCAUCGUCUGGGAAGUAGCUCGACAAUGGCAAUGGAGGAUGUAUUCGAAGAAGACGAAGAGGACGAGUGGGAAGAUGCCAAAGCUUCAUCGGAUAAGGAGGAUUCGGGUAACACUCUCGAAGAUGAUGAUUAUCCUGGAUUGGGAAUCGAUAUCAAAAUUGAAGGCGCGGAGGAUGUUGUUGCUGAUAACGACAUGGACAUAGACCAGGACGACGUAAAUUCCGCGAAUCGUGGAGUAAAGCGAAAGGGCAGUAGCUUGAGUGAAGGGGAUCGUCGCAUCGCCAAAUCUGAGCACUCAGCUAUCUCAGUGAUUGACGAACCAAUCAUGGAGGAAUCAACUGACCCUGUAGAGAUCAUUGAUGAUUCUUCUUCUUCCAGGCCAGACUCUAGAGCACGAUCCUCCGACUCGACGGCAACACCACCCUUCCAACCCGAUCAUGGAAAAGAACUUGCGCCUGUCGAUAUUCAGCCGUUUACCCUGCACCCACCAUACCUCACACCUACAAGUCCGCGCUCCACGACCCAGUCCUCGCUCCCUUCGCCACGAUCACCAUUCUCAUACGAUACCCAACGAAUCUCCACUGCUACAUCUUCAAUUACCGAUGAACAGGGGUUCCAGUCGCUUCUGCUAGGAGAACCUGGCCCAGAAGUGAGGUACUCAGUUGAUGAUGUCCCAUCUCUCACAAGCAGCAAUUCAACUAUGACCAGGGAUAGUGGCUAUCGGGGCGCCCACAACCCUCAAUUUCGGGAUGGACAGCGGUCAGCGUCGCUUUCAUCUGCAGCUGUUAGUCGCAAACGAUCAAGUAUGGCAAGUUUAUCUCGCUUGAUUAGCAGUUCCCACGGGGAGAAGAGCAAACUUUCUAUUGAAUCUCGUCCUCCAACGACUGGCGAAAUGGAAAAGAAAGAGAAAGCAAGCAAGAGCAAGCGAAUCAGCCGCAUGAUGCAGUUCUGGAAGCCUAAGGAGACUUCCUGA